AUGGCUCUGCGACCCUUGGCCGCCUUUGCGCGCGACUGGCUCAAGCGCGCGCCUGCCUUGGCGCUGCUCGCGGCCGCGCUGCUGGCUCUCGCCCUCCGAUUCGGCCUCUAUAACUCAUCGGGCUGCGACCCGUGCGGCGGGGACAGCGAGGGAGACGACGACGUGCCGUCGGAACCGCUCGCGCACUUCACCGACUCGCGCACGGGCUCGCCAGGCGCCACGUCAGACGCAGCAGCGCUCGUAGCAUCGUGGAUGACCCCUGGCAGCGAGGGAGAAGGCGCGCCGGCGCGCACGCGGUUCCACAUCAGCAACUACGGCUUCCCGGGCCCCGUGCCGUGGCGGUUCGUGCGGCAGCGAGUGCGCGAGCAGUUCACCCUGGGGGGUCGCAUCGCGUUGGUGUGCUGGUGGCACAGCAAGUCCAAGCCCGGCUCAGUGGCCAAGUCCUUCGUGUGGAGCACCGACGACAUUGAAGCGCGCGCCGCACAGGCGAGGGCCAGGGACCCCGCCUUGGGGUCGUACGGCCCCAACGUCACGGCGGCGUUCCUGGCGGCGUUCGAGCGCUACCCCGUGAGCGGCAAGUCCGUGCUCGUCAUCGGCAGCCGCAGCCCCUGGGUGGAGUCCAUCUGCCUCGGAUUCGAUGCGGAAGCGAUCACAACCGUUGAUUUCAACAAGCCCGUCGCAUCGCACCCUAAGAUGCGGCAGAUGCUGGUGGAUGAGCUGGAGGGCACGGACGAGGUGUUUGACGUGGCGGUGUCGUUCUCCUCGCUGGAGCACGACGGGCUGGGCCGCUAUGGCGACCCCAUCAACCCUUUUGGCGACCUGCAGCGCAUGCAGAAGAAGGAUGAUGAUGACGAGGGCGCAGCCAUGCGUGCGGAGGAGCAGACGCAGAGCGCCCUUUCACAGUGGGAGGAGACGGGUGUUGCAGUGGAACAGUAUGUGCUCAUGCUGGGAUCAUUCUUGGUGAUCCUGCUGUGCUCACAAGGCAAGCAGCAGGGCGAUGAGGGGAUUGUGAGGUACGUGUGCGUCUUGAGGUCUCAGCACGCACCUGCACAUCCCCUACAGUGUCUCUCUGCCUCAGCUGUGUGUCUUGCUCGUGGCUGUGCCUUGGCGUCAUAA